CCCGGGGGGGUCUGAGCCGAAGGGGAUGGGAGCCACGUGGAGAACGCCCCAUGACCAGCCGGAAAGCAAUAAGUUUUGGGGGGCCAUGUGGAGGGGCACCGGACUGCGUGACUCCGAAGGGAAAAUUAGGACAAAAUACCCAAGCUAGAAAAUAAACCUGUUAAAGUACGAGGGGAUUCUCAAACUGAAACAAUAAAAGCGAAUUUAGCAAUAUUUCUGUAUCAGUGCGCACAUCCUUAAUUUGUGGAAAGCGCUUCCCCGGCCAGCGAAGUCCUUCCUGCCACAGAGCGCCUGAGUGUGUUUGCUGCCGCGCCGCGUGGUGUUUCCGACCGCGACAUUUCAGGACACAGGGUAGAAGCAGAAGAGACACCGCUCGAAAUGAAGAAGAUGCUGAAAUGUCUUUAUUGUCAGGCCUGUGGAAUCCAGUUUAAGUUCUUUUCCGCCUGCAAAAAGCACAUGUAUGGGGCAGAGCACAAGCAGAGAAUAGCCAAGCUCUUCCAGACAGCACCGAAUAAAGGCGCAGUGCAUUUCCCGCAGCUGGUCGUGCAGGAGUACCUGAUGCGGCCCAACAGAUUCCACGCUGUGAUCGGUCUCCAUCUAGUAACCGCAUGCAUUGAAACUGCCGUGGGUGACCCUCCCUUCUACCUGUGCCAUGCGUGCCAGGAGAAAUGUCCCAGCAGCCAGAUAGUGCAGCACCUCACCUCCCCCGACCAUCACCUCGCCUACUUCGCACACGUGGCUCCGGAGAAGCUGCCUUUCGGCUGGAUGUCGUCUUGUACAGCGACGCCGACGGAAACGUACGCAGCAGCGGAGCUGGAGGAGCGGCAGUGUGGUACUGGAGUACUCCGGCUUUUAGAACUGCCGAAACUUCUGUUCAGAACUGUGCGAGGGCUCUCCUAUUCCCAAGCCAUGAAGCAGAUCUUCAGCACGGAUGACUGCAAGCAGUGCCUGGAAGGUCAGCACGUCGAGCUGUUCAGUCUGCAGAAAUACUGCAAGGAUGCAAAUCGGACUUACCCUUUACUUGGCUUGCAGUUUCUGGUGGAGCUGUGCUGCGUAAAUGGAAGCAGCCCCAGCUGUUACCUGUGCUUGCUGUGUCAGAAGAAGGUGCCGCAGAGCCAAGCUGUGGCUCAUCUCGUCAGCUUUGACCAUCUCUACGGCUACCUGGACCAAAUACAUCCAUCGUCCCUGGAGAGUAAAAGCAAGUACAAGGUUCAUUCUCCCGUCUUUCGCUCGAUGAUCCUGAACCUGGCGCAACAAGCAGAGCAGCUGGUCUCAUCCGCGGACAUGCAGGUCAUGAAGGUAGAUGCUGAAGUCUAUGAACAGACGGAGCUUCUGAGCUUUUCUAAUGCCCUGAAGAAGCUGCAGGAGAUUCGCAGAGAGCAGAACCUGGGUGACCUUCAGCCCCAAGUGAUGUCGGGAGACAGACUGGUCUGUAGAAGGAAGAGAAAAAGAGCGAACAGCCCUGACAUAUCAGUUAAAAAUAAGGAAGGUCAUGUGAACGCUGAUGGAUGCACAAGCCUCGGGGGGGCCCUGCGGAGCCCUGGGCUCACGAAGACGGGGCCGGCGGACUCUCAGCGGACGGUGUGCCGACUUGUUUGUCAGAACUGUGACCCUGGCGUCCUGUACAGCUCUGUGAAAUCUUAUAAACAGCACGUGCGUGGCUAUCAGCACCAGCAGUGCGUAGACCGUUUGUUCCCGGAUCUGGAUAAAGCCGCAUGCGUGAGACCCCCGCAGAGAGUGCCCGUUCCAACUCUAAACGUUUACGAAUCUCUGAUAGACUAUCUCCGGACUGAGCCAAUCAUUGGGCUCCAUCUGGUGACCAUGUGCAUCACCUUCUCCUCCAAGCCGCCGAUGUAUCUCUGCCAUGCCUGUGAGGAGGCCUUCCCCAGCCAGCAGGAUGUGCAGCACCUCACUUCCGCCGACCACUACUUCAGUACCCUGGCCCCUGACGACCCCGAGGUGCUUCCGUUUGGCUGGAUCCACUCCCACGAUGUUCUGUCUGUGCUGAAGCCCAGGGCGGUGGCUGAGGAGAAGCGACAGAGUAAAAGCGUCCUCCAGAUGCUGUGUGUGCCGGACACGCUGUUCGUGGAGAUCAAGGGCGCCUGCUAUUCCAUGGCCAUGAAGAAACUGCGGCAUGCGAUCAAACUCACGGCCGGUCUGAAGACUGAGGAAAAGGUGGUUUUACCAGAGUACCUGAGGAACCCCAAGAGGAAAUUCCCGCUACUUGGGCUGCAGUUCCUAGUGGAGUACCGCAGCGCAGACCCGGACGAGCCCAGUGGGUACCUCUGUCUGCUGUGCCAGAAGAAGGUCCGUCGGAACCAAACUGUGCUUCACGUUGUCAGCUUUGACCACCUGUUUGCGUACCUGGAAAGCACACGUCCUCUCUCCUUGGGGGUAAAGAGCGAUUACAAGCAGUAUGACGAAAAGCACAAGGCGGCGAUGCUAGAUCUGGCCAGUCGGGCCCUGACUGCUGAUUCUCCAGGUGAAAUUCAGGAGGUGCAUUUGGAGCCUGAUGUUCACCAGGAAGUGUGCAGGUCCAGCUUCGUCGACGCCCUGAAGAAGCUGCAGACGUUCUGGAAGGAGAAGAGCCAAGGUGACCCCCAACCCCAAGCAUUGCCUGGACAAAGAACAGCCGACACUGCGGAGCGUACGGAGGAGGUCGCAGCGGCCGUGUGUCCGGUGGCUGCCGAUGAGCCGAGAGUCUGCAUGGAUUCUGGUGCUGUGUGUCAGGGAGUGGCAAAGAAUCCGCUGCCAAAUCAAGUACCGGUCCCAGAACCCAAGGCAGAUGAGCCUGAGAGUGCGGAAGGAAUUGGCAGGGAUCCUACGGCCGUAAGCUUGAUGGAGGUGGAGCAGGAGAGCUUGUCUAAUAGGGACUUGUCCAAUCAGGAAUUUGUUCAGUAUCCCAGGGUUCCUCCAGAGUUGCUCUUGGACCCAAAGAGAGCACAGACAACAACUGGUCCAAUUGGUGAGAGCAACUGGUCCAAGUUCUGGUUCUUGGACGGCAGGCCAUACCCCUCAAUUGGCCUGGAGGCUGUAGUGGAAUGCCGUUGCUUGAAGCAUCCCACCAUCUACUUGUGCCUGACAUGUACAGAGCGGAUUACUUCAAGUAAUAUAUGUGAUCAUGUCAUCAGUAGGCGCCAUCAAUAUUAUUACAUCAAAUCCCUCUAUCCGGAGCUGCUUCCUUCCUGGAGGGAUGAUCCUGACGAAACUGCCUGGUUGGUCUACCACCAUGACAAAAAGUGGGACGUCCAGGUGGUGAAGCUCCGUCCAGCUGCUUACCAAAGGAUUGUCUCAGCACCCUUCUACAUGGCUGUGCAGAUGAUCAGAGAAGAGCAUGAUCCGUAUGAGCCCCGGCCACUGAUUACCCUGGAGGACGUCCUGGAUACUGGAGCUUCUGGUAUCACCCAAAAACAGUCUUCCAGACUCGAUGCCCGCUGUGGCGGUGCAGACUGCUGCAGUUGGCAGUCUGAGAAGCAGGGUCAGGAUGCUUAUUGGAGCUGCAGACCCCAAGCACACGCCAAGGCAGCUGAUGGCGUGCAGGCAACAUUGUUUACAGACCGUUCCCUGCAAGAGUCUGUCCAACCGCAAGCUUCAGACAGCUGUGAAACCAGGAAGUCUGUGAGCCCAGAAUGUCCUGGUUCUGUCCAGUUGGUUGGCACUGAUACAAAGACUCUCACUGAGAAAGUGCUGACUGCCUGGAAAGAGAUGACAGAGAAAGUGGGAGGGAUGUAACUGCCCAAGUGCCCCCCCACCCCCAGAAGUGGAGGCUGUACAAGAGUGCAAAUGGAUAUGUAUAUGGAGAUGUAUAGUGAAUGGUUUUGAUGUUUAGUUUUUUCAGAAAUAUAGUGCAGAUGUUUUGUUUAUUUCAGACACUGAAUAAAUUUUUUUAAAUUCUGAUUAAAAGCUGAUUAAAUAAUUUUCCAGCUUUCAUGGAUGGUAACACGUCGGUUGAGACGUUCAUUCAUAGAGCAUUGGACCCUGCGGGCAGAGGGCUCCGUGCUGAUGGCAGCAGACCAUGUCCCCAUUAAUAGGGUAUGUCUCUCUAAUACAAACCUUUCUGGCUGCGUUUGGUUUCCAGCAACGUGCCCAUAUGUUUUUCCACUAGAGCACAGUGUAGGAUCCACCCACCUUGACACGGCUUGCCUCCAUAUGUGCAGCUGUGUUUUCCGUUGGUAAUGGAAAUGCACCCUGCUUCCUGACAUGCUGAGGCUUGCAUGCUGAGCUUCUUUCCCAGUCCGUCUCUUUUUGUGAAACGUGUCCGAUAAGAUCAUAUUGCGAUUGCGGCAGGCAGGACUUUCCUGCCAAACAAAUGCGUGAAAACAGCCAAAGGGUGUUUUCUGAUCUAUUAGUGCUAACAUAAGUUUAUUUUUCGGAUGCGAAUUUUACUAAAAAUCAUUUAAGUGUGGAGUGCAUAGGUGCUUCUCAUUGGAAUAACCUUCGAUUGAAUGGGAAUCGUUUCCUUUUGUAUAGGAAUUUUUCUCAAGAUGUGUUUCAAUGGAUUAGGGAGCCCAAAGGAGCAAGUGAGAAACAUCAGAGUAUAUCUGGCUGCAUUCCGUGACCUUACAGAGAUUUUACUCUAGUUUUAUUAUUUCAUUACUCUGGAGGGAGGCAGGGAUCUCAUCGAGGGGGGGCCUGGACACCCUGGACUGGCCCUCUAUUUCUGGAUUAAUUUACAGAAGCACAGCUUGUCAUGCACACUGCCAGUUUGCUGUUGUGACUAAGCACUAACCUAACUGGUCUUAAAAGGUGUUCUCACUGAAGAUCACCUGGAAUUUUCCAGGUCCAAAUAAGCUAUGGACCCACCAAUAUUAAGCAUAAUAUUUAUAUUAUGCAUAAAUAUUCAUAUGCAUAAUAUUUACUUGAUGUUUAGUCAGUGCUUUGGAUCAUUUCCAUUUCUCUAUCUAGACAGUCCUGUUAGUUGACUUAGAAUAUAAAGGACCAGUCCACUGCUGUAGACACUUUCUCAUUGCCGCUAACUCAAAAAUUAUUUGCAAUCUUUGCAGACACAAUGUAUGGGUUAAGAUCUGGACCUCACCAGCGCUUAGUGACAAAGAGAUGAGAUGCGUGAACCUGAUUGUACCACGUCACACAUUCUUCAUGGAAUGAAGAAUUAGAUGGCACCUGUCGCCGAUUUUUUUUCAGCUUUUUUUCCAUUUGUAUGCAUGCUUAUCUUAAUCAGUUUAGUAUUAUUUUUAGAGAAAAUCAUGAUGUAACUUUUUAUUGGUUUGCUAGCUUUUAGGUUUUACAAAUUUGAGAUGUGGUACAUUAUGUAAGGCCCACUGUGUCUGUAGCUAACUGGAGGUUGUGUGUGUGUGUGCAGUCAAACAAUAUGGGUAGCAGUAACAUUUUGAUCUCAGAAGAAAAUCACAAUAGGGUCUGUUUGACUUUACAUGGUAGGUACUUGAUUAUACCAUUUGUAUAUCUUAUAGUUCUAUUAUGUCAUCAUAUACUGUGAAUACAUACAAAGAUUUUAAAAUCUUCAUUUGAAUUUUUUCACCAAUUAAUAAGUGAUCUAUAAGUAGCAAAAAUACAAAUCAUGGUCCUCUGCUCAGGACUGGCCAUGACAUGCAGCGAACAUUAGUUUUACUUUUACUUUUGAUCAGUUUUUAUUCAGAACAAUUUAGGACCUCAUAAGAACCAACCCAUUGCUGUAUGGUUUUGUAAUGCAACACUGAAUGGUAAUGUAUGCCUUUGGAUACUGCAGUUAAAAUUUUUGUUUUUGUAAUUUCCUUUUAAGGUAAUCUUUAUGGUUUUUAGGGGAACUACACUGUGGUUUGGCAUACAGUGUUUCUUGAUGAAUCAUUCCCGCCUCCUUUUUAGAUUAAGCCAAGUUUCCUUUUAGGUUUUGUGUCUAUUCCUGAAAGGGGAAAGGCUGGGACACUGGCGAAUGCAAUGAGUGCAGUAUACUAGGUACUGGCGGACACUGGCGAAUGCAAAGAGUGCAGUGUAUUAGGUACUGGCGGAUGCUGGCGAAUGCAAAGAGUGCAGUGUAUUAGGUACUGGUGAAUGCAAAGAGCGCAGUGUAUUAGAUACUGGCGGACACUGGCGAAUGCAAAGAGCAUAGUGUAUUAGGUACUGGCGGACGCUGGCAAAUGCAAAGAGUGCAGUGUAUUAGGUACUGGCGGAUGCAAAGAGUGCAGUGUAUUAGGUACUGGUGAAUGCAAAGAGCGUGGUGUAUUAGGUACUGGCGGACGCUGGCAAAUGCAAAGAGUGCAGUGUAUUAGGUACUGGCGGAUGCAAAGAGUGCGGUGUAUUAGGUACUGGCGGAUGCAAAGAGUGCGGUGUAUUAGGUACUGGCGGAUGCAAAGAGUGCGGUGUAUUAGGUACUGGCGGAUGCAAAGAGUGCGGUGUAUUAGGUACUGACGGACGCUGGCAAAUGCAAAGAGUGCAGUGUAUUAGAUACUGGCGGACGCUGGCGAAUGCAAAGAGUGCAGUGUAUUAGGUACUGGCGAAUGCAAAGAGUGCAGUGUAUUAGGUACUGGCGGACGCUGGCGAAUGCACAGAGUGCAGUGUAUUAGGUACUGGUGGACGCUGGCGAAUGCAAAGAAAUAGGCAUUCUCACUGUUGUAACAGAAAACAGACCAUGUCAGUUAUGUGCCCAGAGGUUAAAAUAAGGAUGAUGACAUGUUUGUGGUUUCAGUUUAAUGGCAUUAUUCUUGUCAACUUUAGCUAUGAGAUUUGCAGUUCAGGAAACGAUAAUUCUGUGCAUGUACAACACCAAAACAAAACAACUGUCUACAGCAAUGAUCACCAUUAAUGCUCACAGCAGAAGGUAUCGGUGCACAUUGUUGGUUCUAAAUAAAAUGGAUAGUUAUAUACACUUAAAUGCACAACUGACAGCACUGUACAUGCUAUAUACAUUACAAAAGGUUUAUCAAACAAAUGUGCUGCAAGCUUCACUUAUUCUGCUGCAGGAAACGCAGACCAUUGUGAAUAUUCUAAAUGUAGCUCUUAACUCACUGCCCCGUUUGCUGUUAAUCAACACUGUUCACCGGUUUGCUGUGUGGCUCUUCUGAAAAUUUUACUUAAAGUCCAAGGAGUACAACUUGUAAAAGGCAUCCAACCAGAAGUGCUGGAAGUAAAGACGAGAGAUUCAGCGGCCAGUCAGAUGGGACAUUUCAGUUAUAACGGCAUCCCUGAAAAUACCUACUCGUCCAAAACUCACCUGAUAAAGAACUUCUUACCGGAUGGCUAAACCCUGGAACAGGUGAAAAAGAUGCAACAAAAUAACCAAUUGACGUAGUAACUACUUUUCUAACAAAACAUCUGUAAGAACAAAAAGGUACUGUCAGGAUAUUCAUGCAUAGUGUCCUAGGACUUACAGUACACAUGCCAACAGCCCCUGCACUUUGGGGCAGGUGGCCAUACCUAAGGUAAAUGUGGGGGUGAAGUGUCCACUUGACACUUCAAUAUAAAAUGUCUAGGUAAGGAUUGUAUUUGUGCUCUGCAGAUAUCCAUCUAGUUUAAUUUGGUACUGUACAGAUAGGCAAAAUUUUAAAUGUAUAUAUUGUUUCAUUCUUUAAUAGAAUUUAACGUAUAGAUGAUGGCACAUCUGUAAGUACCCUCUACAUUUAAAAAGACUUGUCUGAUAAUGGAGUUUCAUAGUGAGCUUACAGAAAUACAGCAGCUUCAGAGCCAAACACCGAAGCAGGAUCUUACCUCUGACUUGCAGGUAACCAGAGAUGGUUUUGUAUUCGUUGGCUUGGUCUCUGUUAAACACUGUGCAGCUGUAGUUCCCCCUAUCCGCCUCCUUCACUUUGUUAAUGAUCAAGUACACUUCUCUGUCCGCUUCUUCUAAAUCAAAUCCCUCACUAAUUUUUGUUUGUUCGGCUGUCUUGUAGACUAUCUGAGUGUUGUUUUUCUGCCAUGUGAUGAUGUCGGCCUUUUCCAAGCUGUGUUGGCAUUUCAGUCUCGCUGCCUUGUUUGUGUCAGCGUACCAUGGUACAGCCGAGGCUGCAGGACAGAGAAUACAGGAUUCAGGACAUAAAAAAGGUGUUAAACUCCAUUCAAGUAUCCAUCUGUCUGCAGGCGGCUGCUCCAGUGUCGUCCCCUAAACUUCUCCUUUUAUAACUUAUCCCACUAUCACUGCACAGCCAUGCACACAAACACCAACAGUGAGAUGACACAAAAUUUUGAAUUGGUAGCUGAAUGUUUAAGUUGCUAAUGCAUAUUAUCAUUCAUCUUUUGGUUUGAAUUAUCUAAAGUCGUUGCGAAUUUGUGUCUCUCCCACCACAGUAUAGCAUUUUAACAACAGGUAGGUAAGUGGAUAUCUGCCCCACUGGAACCAAGAAUUGGAACACUCUAAUCUGUGACUUUACUAAUUCUGAAUUUCUCUAUUUCAUUCCUAGCCCAAGAACACCAUCUUUCCUGUGAACUUUUCUGGGAUUUUUAAUGUGAAGAUCACUUUCUUAAGCACUGUAUUGAUCUAAAGUAGGCGUAUACAUGACAAUACCUGGUUUUGAUAUAAAUAAGCUUAACGUGUGACAAGACGUGCAAAUUCUUUUUUUUCUUUUUUUUUUUGUCCUGAUCCUCAUCUCAGUGCCCUACACUGUGACAUGGAUCUUAGCAGAUUUGGUUUAAGAAGAUUAAUCCUCCUUACGCCUCAUUAGCGUGUUACUGUUAUCACACAGAACCACAUACAUGUCAGACACGGAUGCAUAUUCAUGUUAGAAAAAUGGAAAUUCACUUGCCUGUGGUGAAAAAUAGAAAAUUUAGAAAGAUUAUAUUCUUCACCAGUAUUCUGAAAGACAUCAAAACACAAGAACACAUAUCUCAACAGGGAUUUUACAUUUGAAUACACUUUAUACAGUUACUAAAUUUGUACUGGAAUUUGCCCCCCCCCCUCCAGAAUUACCAAUUUUCGCAGAUUUUAUAUUCGGCACCCAACCCCAAAAAGUUUCAUAGGGCAUUGGCUUUGUGUUACUGGCAGGCAAUCUGGAGGAAAAUGUCUGCCCUAAUACUUUGUAAUGCCCAAAUAAAAUGUCUUGUAUUUCA